CUCCCUCCUUCCAUCCCUCCAUCUCUUCUUCUCCUUCUCCUGAAGAUGCAGAUUCCUGGGGCCAACCCUAAGAGAAAUGCCUCAGACUACAAGUAGGGUGGGCAGGCUGGGAUGCUCCCCCCUGUGCAGCCACACGCUCGUUCACACACUCACUCAGAUUGACUUCCUCUUCCCUCCCCCAUUCAGACUCCCUCCCUCGCGGUAGGUGCUCAAGGAAUCACAAGGUUCUUGGCUCUAAAUUAAGAUCCAAGAAAAGCUUGGAGCUGUGGGCAGAAGAAGUGAGAAGGAAGGAAGCCAGAGAAUAAAGGCUGAAAAUCCGGGUCAUCGCUGAGGAAGAUCUCGGACAUGAAGUCCAGGAUGUGGCCUGCACUGCUGCUGUCCCAUCUCCUUCCUCUCUGGCCACUGCUGCUGCUGCCCCUCCCACCACCUGCUCAAGGUUCCUCCUCCUCCCCUCGAACCCCACCAGCCCCAGCCCGCCCCCCCUGUGCCCGGGGAGGCCCCUCGGCCCCACGCCAUGUGUGCGUGUGGGAGCGGGCACCCCCACCAAGCCGAUCCCCUCGGGUCCCAAGAUCUCGUCGGCAAGUUCUGCCAGGCACUGCGCCCCCUGCCACCCCAUCAGGCUUUGAGGAGGGACCACCCUCGUCCCAGUACCCGUGGGCUAUUGUAUGGGGCCCCACAGUGUCCCGAGACGAUGGAGGAGACCCCAGCUCUGCCAAUCCUGGAUUUCUGCCUCUGGACUAUGGUUUUGCAGCCCCCCAUGGGCUGGCUACCCCACACCCCAACUCAGACUCCAUGCGGGGUGAUGGAGAUGGGCUCAUCCUGGGAGAAGCACCUGCCACCCUACGGCCGUUCCUGUUCGGGGGCCGCGGGGAAGGUGUGGACCCUCAGCUCUAUGUCACAAUUACCAUCUCCAUCAUCAUUGUCCUCGUGGCCACUGGCAUCAUCUUCAAGUUCUGCUGGGACCGCAGCCAGAAGCGGCGCAGGCCCUCAGGGCAGCAAGGUGCCCUGAGACAGGAGGAGAGCCAGCAGCCAUUAACAGACCUGUCCCCAGCUGGGGUCACUGUGCUGGGGGCCUUCGGGGACUCGCCUACCCCAACCCCUGACCAUGAGGAGCCCCGAGGGGGACCCCGGCCUGGGAUGCCCCAGCCCAAGGGGGCUCCAGCCUUCCAGUUGAACCGGAUUCCCCUGGUGAAUCUGUGAUGCUCCCCAAUGCUGGGGUGCCACCAAGCAGGAAGCCAAGGGGCUGGCAGAGCCCCCAUCCCGCUGAGGGCAGGGCGGCUGUGGGAGCUGGGGCUCCGGCCCUAGCACGCAUCUCGGAACACUCAUUAGCCCACAGGCGAGCCCACCUGCUUACUCUCCUUUAGGUGGGGGCCUCACAUAUCUGUGGCUUCUGGUCCCCCAUCCCCACCCUUGCACACUCACAUGAAAGCCUUGCACACUCCUCUCUCCCCUCACAGGCCAUUGCACACACUCCUGCUCGUGUACAGCCAGUCUCCCCUCUACAGGUCCCUCCAUCCCCUCUUCUGUUUCACACUUUUCACUUUCUCUUCUGCCCCCUUCCUCGCCCAGCCCAUCACUCAGGGGUCUGUGGGUGACUCCCGCGACCUCUCAUGCCUUUCCUGACUCCACGUCGUGGUGUUGUGUGUCGUGCCCACACUCCACCUCAUGAACCCCACUGUUGGAGUUUCUCUGGCCCCUGCAUGCUGCCCUGGAGGUGGGUGGGAGGUGAGCUGGGGGCUCCUGGGGCCCCCGUCUGUCACGGUCCCAUCCCGGUCCAUAUGUUCCUCUGUCUCCCCCAUCCCACCCUGAGGGUGCGCUCAUUACCCUGAGGGCUCCCCGUCACUGUGGGAAUGGGAGUAGUGAGGCCCCCAGACUCCUCCCCCGCCCCCUGCUAAGUUCUGUUGUCUGGGAGAUGGCUUUUGGGAGGAGUCACUUGCUGCACUACAUGAGAAAGGGGCUCCCACUUGCCCUUCCCUGCCUCCUAAGUCCCUGCUGUCUUGUCUGUCCUGGCUGUCUGUGUAUGUCACUCUGGAACUCAGAGCCCUGAGCCAGCCCUCUACUUCCCAGCAUCCCUGAGGGCCUCCCUAACUCCACCUAGGCUGCCAGGGACUGGAGCCAGCUGGUUCAAGGCCAUUGGGAGCUCUGCCUCCCAAUCCACCUCUCCCUCUCUCCUUCCCUCCCUGCCUCCUUGGUUCCUCCACAUUCCCUCCCUCCCUCCACCCCGACCCCUCAGGUUUGUCCUGACUUCUCACCACUUUCCCACCUUCCUUCCUUCUUUCCUCUCUUACCUGGCUCCUAUGCUGUGAUAUAUAUUUUUGUAUUAUCUCUUUCUUCUUGUGGUGAUAAUCUUGAAUUCUUGUGGGAUGUAAGUUUCAAAAUUUUCAAAUAAAGCCUUUGCAAGAUA